UUAAAAAAAAGAAACAGACAGUCGGCCACGCUUGCCACAAAAAUUGUCUUGGAAUUAUUCAAGUAUUUUCACCUUUUUCGUUCCAAUAUUAUUGUAAUUACCAUAUUAACUUUUAAGUCAAUUAUAAAAUUACGCAAUGGCCGACUUAGAUGAUUUCUUUGCUAAGAAAGAUCGCAAAAAGUCGAAAUCAGUCAAAAAGUUUGCUACUGCCGAUGAAUUAGCCAAAAAAUUGGAAGACACAAAAAAAUCGGAUGUAAGGCCAAAAAAAGAGCGACCGGCACAAGAAGGGGAUGAACCUGGUAGAGCUGGGGAAGAGGAGGAAUGGAAAGAAUAUGAAGAGCCAGUGAAGGACUACACAGGGUUGAAGAUUCAAGUGUUGCAAGGCAAUGUGGCUCCGGAAUCACGAGAUUCGGCCGCGGAAGAUUCAGCCCCUGACAGCGGAAAGGUCAAAGGUCCUUGGAACAAACCAGUGGAAGUGGAACAACCUCCACCACCACCCCCAGUGGAAGAGAAGCCGAAAGAGGUGAAGGCCAACAUCUACGUGCCGCCUGCACCUAGGAAUCGAGAGGUUGAACCCAUGAUGCGUAGGAAUCAGGCCAAGCAUGCGCCGGACAUCCACAACGACGAUUACUUCCCUGUGCUGGGCGCGAGCGCUAAGCGCGGUGGUGCCGGCGGCUGGAGCACGGCGGGCGCGGGCGCGGGCGGCGGCACGGGCGCACAGCGGACCGGUGCACGCGCACCCCUCGCGCUUGGCAACCGCUUCACCUCGCUGCAGGACGACAGCUAGCCAGGUAACAGUACUAAGCUCCGAGAAGCAAAGCAGUAAAGUGAAGUGUCAAUAUGGACUUGUAAGCAAAGCCCGGCUAGCAUACAUCUACAUACAUACAUAAAGUUAUGCAACAAACAGAAUGGUGCAUUUUCAAAACAUUCACAGUCUAUUUCCAAAUAAAAUCAUAUAAAUUGUGUUCAGACAGUUGCUAUAGUAAUAACAAGUUGAUUUUUUAAUGUAAAUUAUUGGCCGGUAAUUGGGAUGCACGAUAUUAUUCCUUUAUAUAUUUAUUUUCUUUUUAAAUCUUAUUAGGGAAAGAGUAUCAUAGAUAUGAAGAGACGAAAUUAUGAAAUGGCUUCAACAAAUAUUUGGAUUUUUAAUUAACAUUCUUCAUCUAUGUUACCUUUUUAACUAUUUGAUGGUUGUUGCUUUUUUGUCACAAUAAAAAUAUUAAAUUUUUUAUUAGAAUUCACAGAAUGAAAUUGUUCUUUUGAAGUCCUAUAGGAAUCAAUGUAAGAAUUUAAAAAUCUUAAUAA